AGCUCUCUCCCUCUCUUCCUCCUCCCUGCACUCUGCUUUCUGUUACACUACUGGCUUCCUCUCCGACUCUCUCUCCUUCCGGAGCGCAAGCGCGCCAUUUUUAAUCCCACCUUCUCCCACAGACCGGAGGUAUCUUAAGCUCCAAUCCACUGCUGUGCAAGCAGCUCCCGCCAUCUCUUUCUCUCUCCUCGGCCGGCUUGCUUAGAACCCACUUGAUCGCUGCGUCGCCGCCCGGGCCUCCUCCCUUCCAGCUCCCCCCCGUACGUGCGCAGUUCUGGGCACGCUUCCCCAUAUAUACCCCCCGGCCGCUCUCGGCGGAUAGAGAUGCACAGGCAGUGACACGCACGCAUCCCGACGGACUAGGUAGCUGCUCAUCAGCUAUCAAGAUCGCCUCGGCCGCCCGUGUCGGGCGGAGGCAGACGCGCGAUCGAGGAGGCGGCGGGAAUGGGACGCCACGCGGGCUCCGCCGCCGCCGGCGUGCAGCACAAGCUGCGCAAGGGCCUCUGGUCGCCCGAGGAGGACGAGAAGCUCUACAACCACAUCAUCCGCUACGGCGUCGGCUGCUGGAGCUCCGUCCCCAAGCUCGCGGGCCUCCAGAGGUGCGGCAAGAGCUGCCGCCUGCGGUGGAUCAACUACCUCCGCCCCGACCUCAAGCGGGGCAGCUUCUCGCAGCAGGAGGAGGACGCCAUCGUUGGCCUGCACGAGAUCCUGGGGAACAGGUGGUCGCAGAUCGCGUCGCACUUGCCGGGCCGAACGGACAACGAGAUCAAGAACUUCUGGAACAGCUGCCUCAAGAAGAAGCUGCGACAGCGCGGCAUCGACCCCAGCACCCACAAGCCCAUCUCCGCCAACGCGGCUGCGACGGCGGCGGCAUUGGACCAGCAGCCGGCGUCGCAAGAACAGAAGCCGCCGGCAGACGCCGACAGCGGCUUCGCCCUGAAGCGGCAGCACCAGCAGGUGUUCGACCCGUUCCCGCUGACCGACAGCUUCGGCGGCGGCUUCGACGCGGCCGGCGCCGCAUUGUACGGCCACCUGGGCGGCGGCAAGCAGGACGCGGGCGGGUUCGUGGACUACAGCAGCGUGCUGGACGUGUCGGAGAACCUGGGCUACGGCGAGAGCUCCAGCAACAGCAGCAACUGGAACUGCGCGCCGGAGGCGAGCAAUGCGCUCGACGGCGGCGACGCCCCGCUGCACUGGGCCUCAGAGAGCAAGGCCGUCGAGCCCUUCGCCGGCUACGGCGGCGGCGAGGAGCAGUCGCUCGAGCACAAGUUCAUGCUGCCCUGCCACGGCCAGCAGGAGCAGAGCCUGCCGCAUUUCGACUUCGACAUCAGCCGGGGCGCGGUGGUCGGCGAGUUCAACCUCGAGUUCUUCUGAGGUUUUCAAUUUGUGAAUUUCACCACAUAUAUAGUAUAAAUUACCGUAUAUACUGUUCUUAUUAAAAGGCAUUUCACACAGACCAAUUGGGAGCUUAGAGACUGUACUUUGUUAAUUUCCUCUAGUCGUCCUCACUCCUCCUUAACAAUGUUUUGCCUUUCUUUCUUCUUACUUAUGUUUUCAGUAUGAGUAAAAUAAAGGCAUAUACAUAUAUAGUACAAAUGUAAACACAGUGUAGUUGCUACAUAUUAAGGUUUUGUUAAGAAUAAGUUUCUUACUUUCAGCUGUACUCACUUCGGUGACUCUUGUCUACCACUAAAAAGGACACCCUAUAUUUUUGGCUUC